CUCAAUUCAUCCGGUGAAAAAUGAGUGAUUGAUUACUCGUGAAAAACAAAGAAAACACUUGACAGUCAAGCAAAUCUUACCAGGAUGAAGUGCCCGCGCCAAGAGGUGCCGCACAUCUUGGCCACCUCGAUUGGGAUUGGCCUUAUCAUAAAUUUCAAUAAUUUUCCGUCAACUGUCCUGGGGCACUUAAGACCAACCGAGCAAGUACACCCCCCACAUGAUGGUCCACCAAACUUAACGGGCCAGCCAGCGGCAAUGCCCGUGAUAGAACAACGGAGAAUUCAUCCACCAUCCGUGCUGGGCCAAGCAGAACUGCAUCCAGGGCCUGUGCCACCAGGAUUGAGACCUCAAGAAACACGGGCGCCCAGAAGAAUUGCAGAAGAUUAUCAUCCACUCCAACCAGCUCCGGUGGCUCAAGUUGCAUAUCCACCAGUUCCGAUAGCUGGAGUUGCACAUCCUCCAUUUCCUGAGGCUAGAGUUGCAUAUCCAAUGACUGUGGUUGGAUAUGUGCCAGUUCCGGUGGUUGCUUUUGGGUAUCCUACUUAUAUCCCAGUCCACCACACAGAACCUCUUCACGCGGCCCAGCACAUGCCUAUCCCUCAAACUCAGUGGAGACAGGGAACAAGGACAUCGGAAGUUGCCCCAUCUUUUUUGCCAACAGCAGCAUAUGGUAACCCACCCAGGCGGGCUUCAGCAGCCCUCCAGGGGGAUAAUGGGUUUUACCCAGAACCUAGACAAGGGGAAGGAAAAUCAAGGGGUGAAGCUUCAAAAAGCAAGAGCCCAAAGAUAGCUCUCACCGAUUCCAAGCUUCCAGUGGAAGGUGAUUCUGGAAAUUUAAAUCUGAAGGUGGCUGAAAGUAAAGGACCUUGUCAUGAAUUGCCUGGAUCUCUCUCUGUUCAAGAUCAAAAUUUUGUUGACUCUUCCUCUACUGCAAAAGAUGCAGAGAGGAUGUCAUCUUCAUCUACAACCACCAGAGAGCCAGGAACUGAUAAGGUCUCUGAAGUGGAAUCAGCUGAAAAGACUGCAACCUUGAACAAGCAUGCAGUCUCCACUAGACCACUGGCACUAUCUUUUAAUCCUAUGGAGAAAAUCAUGGGGACUAGGGCAGAUACUAAUGUAUUUCCAGAAAAUUCAGCCCAAGUACUGAAGGAAGAGACUGAUUCUGAUGUAAACAAUCAAAACCAUGAAAAUCAUCCAUUGGAGAAUAUCCAAAAUCCUGGAAAAGAAUUGGAUCAAACUUUUGAUGUCAAAGAAUCUCAAAACACACAUAUCCAUGAACAUAUUCUUGAGCAUCAUUCAAGCAAUACACAACUAAAGCAACAUGUGGCAGAAUCUAAAUAUUAUCCUGAUGCUCACAAUGCAAGUGAUGGUUUUAAGGGUCAAAAUUCUAAAAACUCAGAAGAGAAAGAAGAAAGAGAAGAAGAUAUAGGAAUUGAGAAAAGCAAGAUUCUUGAAAAAGUGGGAAAAGAAGGAUAUACCAAGCUAUCCAAAUGGCAAAGGAAAAAAAUGCAGAAGAACAAAAACAGGGCAAAUACUCCUUUCAAUUCAGUCAACAGUAGUGCUGGGGAAAAAUCAAAAGGGGUCCAAAAAGUGACCAAGAAAGAAGAUAUAGGGACAAUCAAAUCAAUCAAUGAGGAAAGUAGAAAAAUUGAUGGUGAGAAAUCUGAUCAUGGGAAGGAGGUUCUUCCAGAAACUGGGAUAUCUCAGGAAGAGGAUGAACAGGCAAAUAAUAAGGGUGAAGUGAAUAACAGCUAUCUUGGUUUGAACAUGGGUGAAAUUGAUUCAAAUGAGAAGAAUAAGGUCAAAUUGCAUGCAGGAGAUCAAGAUUCUCCAUUUAUUCAUCCAAAUUCACUUGAAGGGAAGAUAGAAGAUAAAGUUUCUGGGAAAGAAAAUAUAGCAGGAAAGUUCCCCAUUGAUUCCAAAUCAGAAGUGCUGGAGAAAAAAGCAACAACAGUAAGGUGA